UUGUUAUUAAAUACUAUUUGUGGUGCAGCAUCCUUUAAAAAUCUUAGAACAGUUGAUAGAGAUAAAUGCUUAAAUGAAGCUAAAUCAAUUCAAUCCGGAAAAAAGUAUAUUACAGCUUUUACUAAUGAUAUACUUUAUCAAGUCAAUCAAGAAACUAAAAGCAGCAUUGCAUUUGCACUUCAUGAUAUUUAUGUACGAAACAGUACCUUGCAUUAUUUAGAGUUAAUACUAUUCAAACAAGAAGCAAGCCUAAAAAAUUUUUCUAAUAUGCCAAUUCCCGAACUGUUAACACAACAACCUUUACAAUACUUGAAGCAGAAAGCUAUUUUUGAUACUAUUGUUUUAGCAAUUGAACGUGAAGAAGGAAUGCAUAAAAUUCUUGCUCCAAAAAAUGCUGAUGUUGAUUUGGUUAAUAAAAUUGUUAUGGGACUAUGUUUAAGCAAAGCGUAUGAAUACUUGAGCGCAGAUGCUAUUGUUAAGACAACUGAAGA